AUGGCCAUGACCGACACGAGCCAGCGCCGAUUCCGCGGAUGCGCUGGCAUCGACGACUUUGAGAUUGUCCAGAAGCUGGGUGAGGGCACUUUUGGUGUCGUCUCCAAGGCCCGCUCAAAACGUUCCGGCGCCAUCGUCGCCCUCAAAAAGAUCUUGAUACACAAUGAGAAGGAUGGCUUCCCCAUUACCGCCCUGCGCGAGAUCAAGCUGCUCAAGAUGCUGUCCCAUCCCAACGUCCUGACCCUCCAGGAGAUGGCUGUCGAACGCCACAAGAAAGACGUCAAGAAGCGCGCUACCCUCUACAUGGUCUGCCCAUACAUGGACCACGAUCUCUCAGGAAUGACCACCAACCCAGACAUCUCCUUCACAGAGGCCCAGAUCAAAUGCUACAUGCUACAACUUCUAGAAGGCCUGCGCUAUCUGCACGACAGCCACAUCUUGCACCGCGACAUGAAGGCUGCAAACAUUCUCAUCAACAACCGUGGUCUGCUACAAAUCGCCGACUUUGGUCUCGCCCGUCACUACGAUGGUCCUGUACCCCAGCCUGCCCGAGGCAACGGCGAUGCAGUACGUGAUUACACAACCCUCGUCGUGACACGAUGGUACCGUCCUCCAGAGCUUCUCCUGCAGCUGAGGCGAUACACUCCGGCUAUCGACAUGUGGGGCGCUGGCUGCGUCUUCGCCGAGAUGUUCGAAGGGCGACCCAUUCUCGAGGGUAAAUCCGACCUCAAUCAGGCCCAAAUCAUUUUCGAAUUGGUUGGUUCACCCAACGAGGACAACAUGCCAGGAUGGUCACAACUUCCAGGCUGUGAGGGCGUCAAGGAAUUCGAGCCUCAGCGUGGCACUCUCCGCCAGAGAUUCCGCAACCUACACCCAGAAGCCCAAAACCUGCUCGCAGAACUGCUCAAGCUGGAUUGGCGCAAGCGUAUCAAUGCUUUGGAUGCUCUGCAGCACCCUUACUUCAAAACCCACCCGCUUCCUUCUCGCCCCGAGGACCUACCGCGCUUUGAAGAGUCGCACGAACUAGAUCGCAGAAAGCAUCACGAAAAACGCGCUGCCAUGCCACCUGCCCCCGCUGGCGGAACAGUCGGUAUGGGCCCAGAUGAGGCUUGGGGCGCUGGUGGUGGCCGCAACUACGGUCCUCCAAACGGCUAUUCUGGUUACGAGCGUAGAGGUCCACCUCGCGAUCAAAGAAUUCCUCCCCCAGCACGAGCCUACGACUCGCGUCCUCCCUCACACGACACCCCUCCGCUAGCAAGAAGACCAGCAUGGCAAAAUGGUCCCGACUCGCGCAGACCACCACCUCCGCAUACCAACGGCUCAUCACAUCUGCCACCACCUCCUCCAGACAACCGCCUUCCACCUCGUCCUCCGCCACCUCCAACAGAUGGUCGACUCCCACCUCGCCCUCCACCCGCGAACGCAAGAAGCGGUCCGAAUAUUGAUACAUACAUUCCGAGCUAUUCUGCUGCGCGCCGAGAAGACGCUGCACCACCGAACGGCAGGCGCAACUCCCGUGAUCACGGAUAUCCUCGAGACCGCCCUCCACCAAACGGAAGAGAUAGAGAUCGAAGGACUCGUAGCAGGAGUCCGGAUCGUGAGCGUCGUGAGAGGCUGCAAGAUAGAGAACGCGAGCUGUACAACAGUCGCCGUUGA